AUGGCGGAGGCUAUCCGCGACGCGCCGCUGCCGCCCUGCCCGUGGGGGCAGGCUAGGAUAGACGGCAACUGCGCUGGUGUGUGCUUCACCCCUCUCCCUCUUGCGUGCUACACAUGGCUCCACCCUGAAUUCUUGCACGCCUACAAGUGCAAGUUUGCGGGUUGUGGCACCGACUCGGUGUGCAAGAAGAACGACACGGGCGACGCAGUCUGCGUGUGCAUCAACCCCGAAUACGUGCUGCAACCCGACAAGUCAUGCGCACACCCGUGUGCCGGCACAUGGUGUGCCAUGGAUGACCCCAAUUCCUCGUGCGUCAAGCAGGAAGGCCAGCUGGCUACGUGCGUCUGCAACUGGGGCUUCGCCAUGACGCCCGACCGGGGCUGCGUCGACUCAUGCACGCUUAAGGCCUGUGUGGACGGCACGUGCAGCAAGGAUGAAAAUGGGAUGGCCGUCUGUUCCUGUGACGCCGAGGCUGGCUUCAAGCUGCAGCUUGACGGCAGGACGUGCAAGGACGUGUGCGUCAUCGAGGACUGUGAGGGCAAAGACGCCAAUUCUACGUGUGUGAGGAAUCUGGACGUGGCCCACUGUGUAUGCAAGACCAACUUCCAGCUGUUCGAGGGCGUAUGCACUGACACGUGCGAGGUGAAGGCGUGUGUGGAUGGCACGUGCACCCAGGACGUCAACGGAACGGCAUCCUGCCAUUGUGACGCCUACGCUGGCCUCGUGCUGCUGGAUGACGAGAGGACGUGCCAAGAUGUGUGCAUUAUCAAGGACUGUGAAGGCAGUGAUGCCAACUCCACGUGUGUCAAGAAUGGCAUCGUUGCAACCUGUGUGUGCAAGACUGGAUUCGAGCUGUUUGACGGCAAAUGCACUGGUACGCUCCCUGCUCUCACUUUCUGUGUGCCUGGGUCUGCCUCUCUGUGCGUGCGUCUGUGUAUCUGCUUUUUGUUGCUUUGUCCACUCUGGAUUGGCCUUUUGCUUAAUCCCCUCCACCCCUCCUUCCACAUCCCCUCCGCAUCUGCCCUCACAGACACGUGCGAGGUGAAGGCGUGUGUGGAUGGCACGUGCACCCAGGACGUCAACGGAACGGCAUCGUGCCAUUGUGACGCCGACGCUGGCCUCGUGCUGCUGGAUGACGAGAGGACGUGCCAAGAUGUGUGCAUUAUCAAGGACUGUGAAGGCAGUGAUGCCAACUCCAUGUGUGUCAAGAAUGGCAUCGUUGCAACCUGUGUCUGCAAGACUGGAUUCGAGCUGUUUGAGGGCAAAUGCACUGGUACGCUCCCUGCUCUCACUUUCUGUGUGCCUGGGUCUGCCUCUCUGUGCGUGCAUAUGUUGGUUUUUGUCACAUUUCUCUCCUUCUUAAUCAACCUUUUGCUGAAUCACCCCUCUUUCCACUUCUCUCUCACGCCUGCCCUCACAGACACGUGCGAGGUGAAGGCGUGUGUGGAUGGCACGUGCACCCAGGACGUCAACGGAACGGCAUCCUGCCAUUGUGACGCCGACGCUGGCCUCGUGCUGCUGGAUGACGAGAGGACGUGCCAAGAUGUUUGCGUCAUCGAGGACUGUGAGGGCAAGGACGCCAAGUCCAUGUGUGUGAGGAAUCGGGACGUGGCUCACUGUGAAUGCGUGAUCAACUACGAGCUGCUCCAGGGCGUAUGCACUGAUGUGUGCAUUAUCAAGGACUGUGAAGGCAGUGAUGCCAAUUCCACGUGUGUCAAGAAUGGCACCGAUGCCACCUGUGUCUGCAAGACUGGGUUCAAUCUGUUUGAGGGCAAAUGCAUUGACACGUGCGAGUUGAAGGGGUGUGGCGUAAACGGCAAGUGCCACAAGGACAGCACCACUGGAGAGCCAUCCUGUGUUUGCGAUCUGGGCUUCACGCUGCAGCCUGAUGGCACCACGUGCAAAGAUAACUGCGAGAUCCUGAGCUGCACUGGUCCCAAGGAGCACUGCGCCAAAGAGGUCACCACCGGCCAGGCAUACUGCAAAUGCGAUGAUUACUUCCACAGGGCAGUGGGCGGCUUUUGCCAGGAUUGGUGCCCCUUCAAGGGCUGCAACACCACCAUCUCGACGUGCGUGAGGAGGGUGGACGGGAUUCCGUUCUGCAUCUGCAACAAGGGUGUCCCGCUGACCACCAAGGCUUGCGUUG